GCCGAUUUCUAUACUGCCAAUCGUAAGUAAGGUUUUUGAAAGAGAGGUUUUUAGACAAAUUUAUAGCUUUGUUUCUGAUAAUUUCUUACUCUCCAAGUUUCAAUCGGGAUUUCGACCUAAACACUCCACACUGUCCUCUUUGAUACAAAUGUGUGACGAUCUACUUGAGAAUAUGGAUAAUGGCAAAAUAAAUUGUGUCGUGUUCCUUGAUGUACGUAAGGCCUUUGAUUGUAUAAACCAUGAAAUACUAUUAAAAAAGAUGCUUAACUACUUUGGUAUAUCAGGAAUUCCACUAAAUUGGUUCAAGUCUUAUCUAUCUGAUAGAGAGCAGCAAUGUCUGGUAAACGGUCAUUUAUCGAGCCCGAGAAAGAUAAAAUGUGGUGUACCGCAGGGAUCUAUCUUGGGCCCUUUAUUAUUCCUAUUAUACAUAAACGAUAUGCCUGACUCCUUAAAAUAUUCAACUCCAUCCCUCUACGCAGAUGACACAGAAAUUUAUCUAUCCUCUAAAGAUUGUGAUGACAUUGUUAUUAAAAUAAACCUUGAUCUUGAAAAUAUUCGAAAAUGGAUGCUACAAAAUAAGCUCCAAAUUCAUCCGACAAAAUCGAAAUAUAUGUUUAUUGGAUCAGCGUAUAAUAUUAAACAUAAGGUAUCUGGUAACCCAAUUCUUGUUAAUAACGUUCCAAUACCCAGGACUGAAAAUUACACUUGCCUUGGCGUCAACAUUGACGAAAAAUUGACCUGGGAAAAACAUAUUGAAAUGAUAUGUUCAAAAGUCAGUGCGGGAAUCGGUGCUAUAAGACGUAUUAGGCCCUUCGUAUCGUCUGCGACACUAAAAUUGAUGUACAAUGCUAUUGUGCAGCCCUACUUUGAUUACUGCAGCCCUCUCUGGGACAACUGUGGAAUAGGCCUCAAGGAUGGGUUGCAGAAAUUUCAAAAUCGGGCUGCAAGAGUAAUUUCUAGUGUGACUUACAAUGUUCGGUCGGUUGAUUUACUUGAAAGCCUGGGUUGGAAACACCUAGAACUAAGGCGAACUUAUCAAAAAUCUGUUUUUAUGUAUAAAAUUCUGAAUAACCACACCGCACCAAAUCUAAGAACAUCCGUUCGAUUAAAUAAUGAAUGUGAUAAUACCUAUGAUCUUAGAAAUAGAGAAACCGAUUUGUCUCUUCCCAAACCGAAUACCGAUUCCGGUAAAAGAUGCUUCAAAUAUAACGGAGCGGUAGUAUGGAAUAAUUUACCGUAUGAGGUAAAAGUAGCGGAAUCUUUAAGUUCUUUUCAAAGAACUAUUAAUCAGGCAAACAAUUAAAAUUGGCUCGUCCUGUUGUCUACUGUAUAUGUAAUUCUUCUUUCUUUGUUUUUGUAUUCUUAAUGUAUAUUUCUCCAAAUCACGCCCCUCAUGGAAAUCAGCUCCUAGUUGUUGAGGCCAGCGUGCCUAAAUAAAUUUUUGUAUGUAUGUAUGUAUGUAUAUAUAUAUAUAUAUAUAUAUAUAUAUAUAUAUAUAUAUAUAUAUAUAUAUAUAUAUAUAUCACGGAUUAUAUCUCUGGCAUGCAAAUAAUGUCUCUAUCGAUCUCUAAUCAAUGUCGUCAUGGUUACAUAAUUAACUAAGAAUUAACGAAAAUAUUUAACAGAAGGUUAAAAUCUGAAAAUUGUUCUGCUGACCCAAUAAAGUGCAAACCAAGCUAAGAAAUCACAAUGCCUGACCAGAUGCAGAAUCCACGAUAUAUGACAAGGAAAUAAGAGGACAAUUGAAGAGAAUCAUUAAGCAGAAUGUUGGUGGUUUGAUAUAUAUUCAAGACUUCAAUUAAAACUUUAGUUCGCAUUUAUAUAGGCAGAGUAAAAUAGUGGAGCAUGUGGUGCACUGGGCCCAAAAUCCAAUAGGCACGUUACUGAAUCCUAUAGAAAUUCCUACAUGCAGGAGAAGUUUUUCGAACACCUCUCCCCCCUUUACUCCCGACAAGUUAGAUGAUUUAGGUGCCUAUUUAGUUCGUUGGAAUUUUUGUUUAUAUUAUAAUUGUCAAUGAACGAUACACACUCUGUGGAAGCAUACGAGAACUGAAGUUUAUUUUGCAAUAUGUGGAUUUAUGUUACAAGAGUGCUGAAAUACAAUUGGUCAGAAUAAUCAUUAAUAAUGCUAUAUAUGGUAUUACAGGAAAAGUAUUAUAUAAAGGGUAUUAAUCAUAUGAUUGCCUAACUGAGCUAACUAAUCACAAUUAAUUAAAUCAUCGAUAAUAUACGAAGUAGUAUGAGCACGACUAAAACAGUGCCUCUGGAUAGGAGCAGUUAGAGUGGGGUGAGGGUCAGGAUAUCGAUGUGUCUGUAUGAUGAUAGACAUUAUCGGGGCCGUAGCGACGAGGCUAAUUCGUGGGGGUAUCACAUUAGGCGUGAACAUUUCAGCCGCUAAUUCAUAUUUACUCCCGGCAAGGGGGGGAGGCAAAAAAUGAUCCGACAUACCGUUAUUCACUAACUUUCCAAUCCUAAAUUUUUCCGUAAUAUUUUUAUAAACUUAUCAAAAUGUUUGCUAUAACUAUCACUUUUUAAUCCGAGCAACUCAUCAUGUUUUCAGGGGGUGUUACCACCGCCCCCCAUGUAGCUAUGGCCCUGUAGAUCAUACAUAAAAGUGCACGACCGUGUCAUACAAAUGAAGAGGAUGUUGUUGUUCCUAUCGGAAAAUACAUAGGUAUAUAUCAUCUACGUAGAGAUGAUAUGUACCUCUGUAUAAGCCGAAUACAAACUGGAGAAAGCAAAAUCUGCUUCACCAGGCUUGUAAAGACUAAGAGUACAACGAAUCUUUAUCUUUAUAAUACUCGUACAGUAUAUUUAAAAUAUAACUUACUAACUCUUUGUAUCCUUGUGAAUAUGGAUAGCAUCAUGUAUCCUAUAGUAUCAUAAUGGUAUAUUAUAUAUAUCCAUAUUAUUAUACGAAUAUGUAUAAAUACUGCACGCACUCUAUAUAUAUUUUCUAUACUUUGUAUUUUAAUGUUUUGCAGGAACCAUCUGAAAACACUUCCUGUGCUGUUGUUUUCCUGAAUAAAUAUUAUUAUCGUUCAUUCAUCUACUGAAUACUUAUAGCCAGAGGCAGCGGCAGUAAUUUGGGGAGGGGGGAGGCUAAUAGUUUGUGACGUGACAAUCCUGCCUACAAUCUUGCACCUAAGACCAUUGCACCCAAUAUUGCAAAGAUAAUGCACAUUGACGGAACAAGUCUUGUCUCUCCCCCCCUUUUCUCCCCCUCCCCCCAAACAACGCCGAAACAACUUUUAGUAAUUGACUUACCAUGACAUAAGCGGGGACCGAAGCUAAGAAGAGCAACAUGCCUCAACAUGAAAUCAAUCAUAAAGGAAUUCGAAACUAGUUCACAGUUAUGUUCAACAUCAUUGGGGUUCCAGGGGCAUGUUUUCCAGGAAAAAUUAAUUUGGGGGAAUCUAGAAUGACAUUUCCAGCAUUUGGCGAAAAAUGUGAAGCACUUGGCGAAAAAUGGAAGCACUUGGCGAAAAAUGUGAAGAUCUUACAACGUGAAUCCAACGAAAAGCAUGUAGGAUUUUUCUGUAAAAUGAUUUGGUUGUGGUUCUUGCCAGAACUAGGUUACCUGAGGGUUGGUUUCCAUUGGUUCUGAGUUGCUCCGUAUCAGUGAAAAAACCAAGACCGUCAGAAGUGAAUCGAUUUUUUUUUGGGGGGGGGGGAGGCUCAAGAAUAAAUCUGAAUAGAUCUGAAUUGCUUUCGCACUUUUCUAGUUUUUUUUGUCUUUUGCUGACACUGCUCUUUACACUAAUUAACAGUUAUUAAAUUCGGUUUUCGCAUUGAUUAUCAAAUCCUUAGUUGGUGUUAUCAACGUCAGCCGAAAAAUUUAAUGUUUUAUUAUUUAUUUACAUAAUGAAAGAGACAUCCGUACUUGAGAGUUCAAUUCAUCAAAUUAAAUAAUGCCCAGGUCUUUUGUCCUCCCAGAAUUAUUUUUCCUUUUUUCUUGAUAAGUACGUUUAAUUUUAAGAUGUUUCAAUAUCUUUCCUGCAUGGUUGUUUUUGUUGAUAUUUCUUCUUUAUUUUUUAAAAUUUGCUUCCCUCAAACCAAAGGGUAUUCGUAUUUCCAAAGCAUGACAUGAUAACGUUGAUCUGAUCACUUAAUUCAUGUCAGCAUUAUGAGGUCAUAAUAUACCUUGAUAUGACUUUUUCAUCUCAGCACUAUGACGUUAUAACGUUGAUUAUUAUGUCAGAACUACAUGGUGAGCUAUUUUGCGCGGUUUAAGCGAAAGAGACUUGGGGUGAGUAAAUACAGAUAUUUGAUUUUUGAGCGUUUUAUUUGCGUUUUUGCCUCGUUUUUUUGGCUAACCAAAAAAUUGUUAAUCCAUUGCAUUUUUGGGAAGGCGAGGAAGGUAUGAGAACGUUCACAGGCUAAAAAUAUUUAUAAAAUUACAACUUUUGCGUAACUUUAUAUAUUGGAACUGCCUCGGAUUCCGAUGGAAAUGUCCAAUAAUUCCUACUAUUCCGCAUUUUAGAUGAAUGAAUUAUCUCCCAAAAAUAAAGUAUAUGUUAUAAGGAGUAGUUUAAACCAUAUUUGGUUUUGGGGCUCUCGGCUAGAUUUUAAAAUAUUUUAAUUUUUUUUUUAUUUUAUUGUGCUAACCUUUACCCCCAUAAAUCAGCCCGUAUUAAAUUGGAGAGAGAUGGAAACGUAUUCGCAUGAUUUCAAACUGCUCAUAUUUUCUGAAUCAAUAGACUCUAAUCUUUCAACUAAUAUGCUUUAAUUUACGAACAGUAUUAGCAAACACAUGCAAUUUCUAGUGGGAUAUUCAGAGGCACCUAUUCAGACUACUACAGACUACAUUAGACGGUUGUGCCAUUUUUUAUAUCAACCCGUAUUUUCAUAUGGACAAUACUUUGAUUAGUGAAUUAAUUAAGAAAUCUUUGAAGAAUCAUUUAGAGAUAGUCUCGUUUUGAGGCUCUCGACUAGAUUUUUUACAAUCUUAAGUUGAAAAUUUAGCUUUUUCCUAUUUUCAGCAAAAUCACGAUAUUUGCACCCAGUGUUUUCAAGGAUUUAAUCAUAAAUAAACUUUCCAAAGAUAUUUCUGAUUAGAAAAAUGCGUUUAAAAAAAUUUAAACCCACCCUGAGUUUAUGUUUUUUAAUUUUAUCUGUCCAGGGAGUAAAAACAACUUGUAUCUUCCACAAAAAGUUAAAUUUCGUCAAUAUUUCGAAGUAAUAAAUAAAUAGUUCAUAAUUGUCCGAUUUCAGUUUAAAGUCUUUUAUCCAGGACAUUUUUCAAUAGCCUUUGAAUAAACGAACUUAAAUUAUUGCACAACCACCGUUUUCUUCUCAAACGAGAAGCCCAAAAACUUGCUUUUGCUCAUUUUAAUAAUUUAAGGUGGCUCCCUAGGGUUUUUUAAUUUACUACACUAUAGUAUUCAGGAGACUCCUGUUUCUUUACUUUACAUGACAUGAAAACGAAAUUUAUCGAACACAUCGACAAUGUUCACCUGAAUAUUGCAAAUUGCUACUUUUGUGUUAGAAAUAUGUUGUCAUGGCAACAGCAUGCUUAGAAUAAAGCUCAAAAUUUGUCUUUUUCAGGUCAUUUUAAACAUUUCCUUCGGUGAAAUUUUUUAAAAAUUUUGCAUAAAAGAUAAUACUUGUAUAAUGAUUUUUUCCCCUUAAUUUAAAAAAUUAAAUCGAUACGUUUCUUAGAAAAUUUAAAAAACGUCAAAAAUCAAUAUUAAAAAUUUUCCUUUCGAUUUAAUUUUAAGAAAAAAGGAUAUUGCACUUGUUGUGCCGAUAUUUAAAAAUGUGCAAAGUUUUAAAAAAAAUUACAGAAGGAACACAGAGAAAUUUGGAUUUAAUUUUGGCAGUUUUUACUAGAUUUUUACGCGAACAAUUUAAUACCCCAACUGACGUGUACAUGCAUUCUCCAUAAAACACAGGCGGCCCAAUCUCAGAAUGAAUGAUCAUGUGUUGCGGGUUUUUAACGGUUUUUAUAAACAAAUUUAUAGUCAACCAAAACUAUUUUAAAAACAUUCUUAAAUUAGUCAAAUAAAUACAUUUUAAGACUUUUAACAAUAAAAUAUAGUUGACAUGAUAGUAUAAUACCUUUACAUUCUUUUAAUUACUCCAUGAGCUCAUUUAGAGCGGUUGAUGUAACAUUUUCUGUGGCCUACAUUGUGUGUGCUCAUCUAUAUAUAAUAUAACAGUAAAAGGCUAAUCACUGCCGGCACGACCGCAUCGCCUUCAAAGUCAAAUAUCUCCGCUCAAACUUCUCGUACGCCAAAACAAAUUCGAUUACAUCUUUUCACAAAGAUUUCUCUUUCUAAAUAAUAUGGUUUGAUCGUAGCUUGGGCAAAUUUAGCGACGAACGGAACCAAAAUCUCCUCAAUUUCGGAUACUGUUCAAAAUACUUAGGGCUGCUCGGGCACGAUCGUGGACGUGACGUAAUCAAUACAUACUGACAAUAACGCCUUACCCGGGGUGAGACAGCAUAUCAAAUUCAACGAUAGUUUGUCGCCUUAUGCUGUCCCACCCCACGUAAGGCGGUAAGGCGUUAUUGUCAGUAUGUAUUGAUUACGUCACGUCCACGAUCGUGCCCGAGCAGCCCUAAGUAUUUUGAACAGUAUCCGAAAUUGAGGAGAUUUUUGAUUCCGUUCGUCGCUAAAUUUGCCCAAGCUACGAUCAAACCAUAUUAUUUAAAAAGAGAAAUCUUUGCGAAAAGAUGUAAUCAAAUUUGUUUUGGCGGACGAGAAGUUUGAGCGGAGAUAUUUGACUUUGAAGGCGAUGCGGUCGUGCCGCCAGUGAUUAGCCUUUUACUGUUAUAUUAUAUAUAGAUGAGCACACACAAUGUAGGCCACAGAAAAUGUUACAUCAACCGCUCUAAAUGAGCUCAUGGAGUUAUUAAAAGAAUGCAAAGGUAUUAUACUAUCAUGUCAACUAUAUUUUAUUGCUAAAAUGUAUUUAUUUGACUAAUUUAAGAAUGUUUUUAAAAUAGUUUUGGUUGACUAUAAAUUUGUUUACAAAAACCGUUAAAAACCCGCAACACCUGAUCAUUCAUUCUGAGAUUGGGCCGCCUGUGCAUAAAACAACAAGGCAUGACUUUUUUGAAAUCGCAACUGAAUAUAAAUUUAUAUGAUUGAUAUACUGUCUAUAACUGUGUCGGUUAAUGGUCAACUAAGAGGCGGACCAUUUGAUUUUUGAGGGGGGGGUGGAAGAUUCAGUCUGUGCAAGAAUUUUUUUUCCGCCCAGGCGAACGAGACAGAUAUUUUUUUCCUGUAAAAGUGCAGCGCAAGAUAUUUUUUUCCCAAUAUGUUUGGCCGCAGGAUAUUUUUUUUGCCUCUCAUAAUAACGGCUUACAGUAACUUUAGGCUUUCAUAUAGCUAUCGUAAGAGAAGUUAGCCAGGGUUUUCAGUCAGAGGAGGCCGAGAACUGAAUCCCAAGAGUGGCCAAGGAAUUUUCAUUGUGCUUUAUUUUAUAUGGUUAUGUCUUAAUGUUCCCCACACUAAAGCGUGCAAGUUUACUUACAAAGAAUGUAUAACUGCACCAAAACCUAAAACAUGCAGGGAUAGAGUAGAGUACUCGAAAAUAGGGGAGCGUACAGUAUAUGAAUGACCUGUAACCUUGGGGGGUUCGGGGGCAUGCUCCCCCGAGAAAAUUUUAAAAUUUGAACCUCGGAAAUGCUAUUUCCUGCGUUUUCAGCCAUGGAUAAUUAUCUUAAGCCCAGAUUUUCUCAGGGGGGGAGGGCAACAAUUUUGCCAGGAAACACCACUGGCUAUCGUAUGUCAGAGGCUCCAAAGGCGGUAGAAUCCCUGUGAUGUUAUCCACUGUUCACCCCGUGUUCUUUUAAGCAAAUGUGUCUGCUCAAAAAUGCAAAAUCUUGCAAGCCUGUGGACACAAUACUGAAGUGAAGGCAUCAGUAGAGUUACAUGUAGAAAAUUUUUUUUUGAGCGCUCUCUUUUGCAUGAUAUUUUUUUUUCUCGAUUGUGUGCUGCAUGAUUUUUUUUUAUUUCUCUUUGGGUUGCAGGAAAUUUUUUUUCGAAAUCUUCCACCCCCCCCCUCAAAAGUCAAAUGGUCCGCCCCUAAGCGUGUAUUAUACAUCUAAAAAUGGCAAAGAUAUUUAGGUAAUUACUGGUUAUGACUUCUUGGUAUUAAAAGGUUUGUCAAAAUUCGUCCCGUGCGAGUUUGUACUAUCGUCGGAUGUUUUCGCAAAAUGCCCGUUCAAAUUUCAGUUUUUAUAGCGGUAUGUUUGGAGUUUCGGCCUUGCUCAUUUUACCCGUAGAGGUCUCAUUAUUUAGGUUAUCUUUAUUGUCAUAAGUGCUGCUAGACUGGGGGGAAAACACUGCAAAUUCUUGAGGAAACUUUAUAUCAUAUCCCAAUGUUCGCGAUCGAACUUCGCGGACGGCGGUUCAAAAAACAUCCAGAAUACCGUUUGAAAAAAAACAAGUUUACAUUAUCUUCUUUUGAAACAUCACAUACAAGUACCGUUUUGGCUUUUAGAACUCUUUUAUGCUUUCAACUAAAGCAAAGUUCACACUUUUGUUUCAAAAAAGAGUUCCAUAUAAAAACACAACGUUCGUUCGUAUUUUAGUUUACAUAUACACGAAGAACGUAACCUCGGAAAUAAAACCGUAGGGAUCGCGAGCCACCUUAAAACAAAAUUUUCGCUGGCGCCCGCUAUUUACUGACGAGCGACAUCAAAUUUCCCACCUGUUCUGCAUACAUAUAUGUUAUUUACCGGCAGCGUCGGUCCAGAUGAGAAUAACUGUACCCUCGGUCUUGAAAACCAACCUCGCCCUUUGAGCUUGGGCCGUUUCCAAGACCUCGGGCACAGUUUUUCUCAUCCGGACCUCGCAGCCGGUAAAUAACAUAUAUUUAUUUUUUAUCAGACUUAAAAAUGAAAUUCAUUAAAAUUCCAGUGUUGCUUGUGAACUAGUUUGAGAUCAGUGCAGUUGUGUAUUUUUAAUUAAAGCGAGGCUGACAAAAAUUGAAAUGUUGAAAGAUAUAAAACACGACUGAAUACGAAAACUCGAAAAAAGUUUGCAAGAAACACACAUAUAGUUUCAAUAAAUUUACAUGCUUUUUUCAUGAAUAUGGUUGCAGAAAAGCCUUUGGAAUUAAAAGUUUUAAGCCUGGCGUUUUGGCUUUGACAACUUCAGUUACUUCUGACAACGACAGGUUCAUGUUCAGAUCCGAUCAAGAACAGAUAAAAAAGAAUCUGAUUUGAUUUAAUCAACGUGUUUCUACUAAAAGGACAAUGAAUAAGGUAUGCAAUUUUUAUAUUUUUGUAUUUUUUCUAGUCGUUUCACGAUAAUAUGCUCGAAAAAAGUCUUUUUAAACACAGACUUUUAGUUUGUUUACAAUAUUUUAUAUCAGUGAAAAAUGCCUAACACAAAUGAUCGAGAUUGUUUUCACUGCUGCCGUUAAACCUUUUUUAAAUGGAAAAACAUUUCUUUUACUAUCUGUUUAAUUUAAAGGGUAUUGGCAACAAAGAAUUUUAUUGCCUCAUCUAAAAGAGCAUGAACAAAUAAGCCGAUUGCCCGUUUGAUACUCUAUUCGAUCUCAUCUGGUUCCGAAGUUAUGCGCAAAAAUGUGCAAAAUAUAAAUUGCUGAUUCAGCACAACGUGUGACGUCAGUAGUAGGGAAAGUAUGUUUAUUGAAUAGUAAACUGAAGCAUAGCUCAGUUAUUAUGGGCCUAAAUCAAAUGAAAUUUUGCGUACUGAUUCUACAUGUUGAGACGCAUUGUAAAACACUUCUAAUUUUGUUGCCACGGUAACAAGGUCGUUCUUAGGCCCCUUGCGCCAAUUUUAUAAAACAACUUUAUUCAUGGUACAUAUAAGAAUAAAAUAAUAUCAAAAGUAUGUGUACCAUACCAAUGCAUGCGAAAAGUUUACUUGCAUGAUAAUAAUUCGAAAAUGACAUACACAAACAGGUAGGCAAUUUGUCGACGCUGUCCAAAAAUAGCGGCUCAUUUCUUCUUUGAGUUUCCAUUUUCGCGUCGAAGAGCAAAAAUAUAGACUUUCGGAGAAAAUUUUAGCUGUUUACUAUCAAAUAUGUUUGUGAAACAGUUAAUAAUCUCACUGAGGAAGGCCAACGGUUUCUGAAAAGCUAAAGGACGUCGAAAUCAGCUUUGGAAUAGACUAUAUUUUCACCGGGGAAACAUGAACAAAAUGGAUAUUUACAUCAACACUAAAUUUUGCUGGUGCCUACAGAGCUAGUUGGAUUAAAACAGAUGUUAAGAAGUAAGUGAAAAUGUGAACUUUGUGAAUUAUACUUUCAUUAAAAUGUGUCAGAAGGUUUGCUAAUGUCAAACUACACGUGUGACAGAGCUGUCAGUAUACCCAUAUUUCAAUGUUUAUGUUGAAAUGACCUAUCUUCUUUGAGGUAUAGCUUAAAAUUUAGGGUAUGCUCAUCACUUGAAACUAGCUUUAAAUCAAAGUUUUAUCUAUAGUCUUUAUAUUAGAAUUAAAAUCAUUCAUGGGAAAAAUGUGCCAAAGGGUUGAAAUUGCUCUUGUAAAUGUACACUAUUUUUGACAUGCUUGGGUUAGUAUUUUGAAAAGGUUUUCUGGAAGGAAAAUAUGUCUUGAACAAUACUGGUUGACCCUUAAAUUAUAACUAGUGUUAUGUAAAUCAAAGAAAAUUGAAAAAAAUCUGGUCCAUACACAAUAUUUUGGAACCUAUGAGAUCCCGAAUGGGGCUUAUUUCAAUGUUGAACCUGUUUACCUGGAAAAACUUAGAAAAUUGAAUAAGUCAAGAAAUUGACUAUGCUCAUCACCCAAAAUCAGGUUUUUUCUAAUUGCUUUUUCACUUGGGUUUGUAGCAAUGCCAGUUAUGCGACCACGAAAAAUGCGCGCGGCACUUGUUUUGGACACUGAAGAUGGUAACAUUUGAUGUUGUCAUAUAUUGCCAUCCUCUUAUCGUAGCAUAACUUAACUUAUUUUAGUGAAUUUGUUAAAGAGUUGUGUUCACUAUAUGCUUGUAGUAUCUAAGAUUUUUUCAUAGCAUUAUAUGUUAAAUUUAAGUUCUGUUUUCUUUUAUUUUUAGGUGAUAGUAUCUGUUCAUUCCAGUGUUGGUAUCACAUUUUGGACACGUUUCAAUUAUUAUUUCACAUUCCUUUAUUCAAAUAUCCAAAUAAAUGGAAUAGGACAUCAAGCUGGAGGACUAGAUCCUGUUUUCAAACUUGUUUUUUGUAAGAAUAGAAAAUAACAACUUAUUCUGUGUUGUUCUAAUAAAAACCAUUGUUUUUGAUAUGCAUAUAUUUUAAUUUUAUUCUUUGUUAAAAUGUGUACCAGGAAUACUGAAAUCUUUCAGAUCAGCUAACAAUACCUUUAUAACUUAUAUAGCCAAGUGUUCUAUCUAUUUUUGUUCAGAUUAAACAAAUAAUGGGUAAAAUAUUAGAUAAAAUUUUUUCCAAAAAUAUGAGCUUGCCUGUUUUCAAAGCAUAAAAAGCAAUAAAAUAAAGCAAAAGUACUUAUUUUUUAGUUAAAACCUUUGGAAUGCACAGCUUAAUGUUUUCCAUGAAAUAUUACAAAGUUUCAGUUCAUUAAAAUGUUGUUUUAUCAGCUUUAAAACCAGAUAAAUCCUCGAAACACUCCUGAUGUAUGUCGCCAUAUUGAUUUUCUGCGCGCAUGCGCACACAAAUUGCCUACCUGUUACAUACACAUAGUUAAGUUAAGAACUAGUUAUUCAAAAUCAAUGUAAGGGGCCUGGGAACGACUGUGUUACCUGGACAACAAAAUUAGAAGUAGUUUCCCAUGCGUCUCAUCAUGUACUAUCCGUAUGCAAAAUUUCAUUUGACUUGAGCCAAUAAUAACUGAGCUGUGCUUCAGUUUACUAUGCAAUGAACAUACUUACCCUACUAAUGACGUCCACGUUGUGCUGAAUCAGCAAUUUAUAUUUUGAACAUUUUUGCGUAUCACUUCGGAACCAGAUGAGAUAGAAUAGGGCAGUAAACGGCCAAUCGGCUAAUUUUUUCAUUCUCUUUCAGAUAAAGCAAUCAAAAUUUUUAUUGCCAAUACCCUUUAAGCUGUAAGAGCUGUUCACUUUUAAGUGGCCGAAUACAUGAGCAUUUAAAAAAUAUAUACAGUUUUCUCGGCGUGUUAAAGUUUUAUACAUGUCAAAUAACUUUCCGACUUUUAGUUGCAUUCUACAAAAAUUAUCAAUUCUGGUGAACAUCGUGAUUAGUUUGAAGUCUUUAGGGCUUGAUGCAAUUCAUUUUCGUAUCUGACUAUCGUUAGGCCACGUUUUCAAACUUUUUCGGCAGAUUUUUUCGUCUAAAAAUUGUUUCACUCCCGCGAGAAUCAGAGCAGGCAAUUGCAUUUCACAGCGGGCAGUUGCAUGCGUUUCAGAGCGGGUCGGAUGCAAAAAACCGGCCCGUUCUGAAAGGCUCAUCAACCAAUCAGAUUACUUCAUUAAUAUUCUUACUGAUAAAAAAUAAGUUUUGUUAUCUUAAUUAACUUAAUAAUGAUCAUAUUGUAUUAAACCAGAUAAAACAGCGAGACGUUUGGUUGACUAUAAGAUCCUAAAUGACAUAAUACAGUCGGACCCUUUCCUGACCAGAAAUAUCAAUGAAGCACUUGACAGUAUGGCAGGAUCGAGCCCAACAUUUCAGUUUUAUUAGUCUUGCCCAGCAAUAUUAACAGGUUCCCUUAGCAGAAGAACACCAAGUCAAAACCAGUCCCUUUUGAUCGCCCACAUGGUUCUGGGAAUGGUCACGAACGGGUUAUGGAUCGAUUAAAUGGCAGCUCAGCCAGCCUUUCAUUGCAAUGCGAAAAGUGGUGAAUCAAAUUCCCCCAGACCAUUCGUUGAUCAUCUUCGAAACUUAUAGAACAAGUGUUUGAUGCCCUGCGACAGCAUUGUCUAGGAAUGAAGGCAAAAAAGUGUUCUCUGGUGAUGAAGGAAGUAACAUCUUUGGGACAUCUGAUUAUUUCUAAGGAUGGAGUUAGACCAGCAAAGGGGCAAAGGAGAUGCAAACAAUUCUUGGCCUGCUCCAAUUCUGUAAACGAAGUACAACAAUUUCUUGCAGCAGCAUUUGAGUGACACUGAUCAAAAAUUAAGAAUGAUAGCUAAAAUGUGUAGAAAUUUUCGAAACAUUGGAGGAAUAUGGAACGAGCAACUUCAAUUGCAUCCGCAAUUUUUUAUGUUGAGCCGUUACUAUUCCCAACUCGCCAACAAUUUUUGAAGACGAAAUAUUAAAGUGCCUCGGCAAAAUUUCCCUUGAUAACUUAUCAAAAUUCACUUGCACUCUCCCUUCCGCAUUCAAAGAGGUCUAGCGACGCCCCUUUCCAAACUUCUUGAAACGAAUGCCAACUUUGCGAGGAAUUGUGGAAAACUGAUGCAAACAACAUUGGUAUAGGCGGGAAAUUAGCACAGGCAAAUCCCAUUCAACGGUGAAUUCCACUCAGUAGCAUAUUAUAGUACUACGCCUUACCAAACGAGAAAAAUCUUACUCAACAUAUGACCGAGAAGUACUAGCUGUAAGGGACACUCGAUAUCUACUGUUAUUACGUUAUCACUUAUUCUGCCUUAGUACAUACCACAAGUCCUAGUAAAUAUAUUGGAAGUUAAAGACCCUUGACGGCGUCUGCGUACGCAGAUCAUGUUGCACCCACGCAUUUUAUCGACGUACAUCCAUGUAAGUUCCGGGAAACAAGAACACGGUUCCAGUGAUAGACACGGCGACUGUACCUUGCGAAAUCGAUAUAGCUGACUAUCUGCAUCUUUCAAGACGAAGGCAGAAGCUUGUGUGUAUGCUCUAAACAGUAUAGACGUUUUAUAUAGUUAGAAGCAGGUAUCUACUAUAACCGUCUAGUAUGUCCGACAAGGAAACAACACAAAUUGAUUUCCCAUCGAAGUUUGACGACGCUCAAAAAGCAAUUAAAGCCUUGAAAAGUACAAUGGACGAAGAAGCGUCAUCGCUAUUUGAAGAGAGAAAAGAGUUUGAGGAAAUGAGAAAGAAAUUAGACAGCGUGCAUUUUGAGAAACACAUCAAGUUAAAUGUUGGCGGUUUGAUAUUCAAGACAUCGUUGGACACAUUGGUUAAAGAUUCUGACUCGAUGUUGGCGGCCAUGUUUUCUUCGAGAUAUGAUGUGACGCCUGAUGAAGAAGAUGGCGCAUAUUUUAUUGAUAGAGAUGGAACGAAUUUCAGGUAGGUCGCUGUUUAUAUAAUAUUAUAAGCAUCGACAAUCGCAUAUUCGUCAUGUUUGACUGCUGGGCUUGCUAUUUAUGAUAAACUAUAACAUUUGUGAGACAUUCACUUAUACGUGUACGCGUAUACGGAAACGAACAACCAGUAAGCCUGCAUUCCAACAAUUUGAUAUUGACAUUGUUAUUUCUCACAAAAUUUUAACCAUCGAUCGAUUAUAUACCGCGUAAUAUCCAAGCAGGUCUGCCCUAAUCUGAAGCCUUGCAUUCAUUGCCCAGGACUACAGGCAAUCAAGCCGGAGUAAAAUAUACCUGGACAUGUUUCGCGAGAUUAAUAUAUUAUAUUGAAUUGAAUUUGACCAAAAAUGAUGCGCAUACUAAUGUCUUAUUUUAAACUAAAAAAUGUACACGCGUGUUAAUUGCAUAAAAUCGGACUCAUUGUACAGGCCCUAGGUGGAAAUGAUUUUCGAUUUGGGGACGAAAAAAUAGGUGGUCAAUAUAGACUAUAUAUUAGGCUAUCGCCCGUAUUCUAAAAGCUCACUCAUACUCACACUCAAUGCAUGAGUGCAGGUUCGAAUUCAAUCUGAGCUUCUUUUGAGUGUUAAUGCUGUUUUUAUAUAGCUGGAAGGCUAGUGUCAUACCUUACUCGGUGACUACUCACCCUCCAGCUAUUCAAAACAGCAUUGACACUCAAGAGAAGCUCAGAUUGAACCUCCACUCAUUGAGUGUGGAUGUACUCACCGUCCAGCUAUUCAAAAACAGCAUUGACUCUCAAGAGAAGCUCAGAUUGAACCUCCGCUCAUUGAGUGUGGAUACGAGUGAGCUUUUAGAUUACGGGCGCAUAACUAUGAAUGCGCCGUGUUACGAAAUCGUAAUUUAUGAAACAGCCUAUAGCUAUACAUAUGCGAAUUAUAGGGAUUUGAUGUAUGAAUAUAUGCCUCCUCGAUAUUUCAGGACCCAAAAUAUAACAUGUACAUCCCAAUUAAUACUCGAGUAUAAAUAUAUUUGUACAUGUACAUUUCUCGUUCUUUAAAACAGAACUUCACAACUAUAUGUGGCAUUGCAACGGGGCAUGGGUUUACAAAAUCAUGAGUUAUAAAUUUCAAAUAUAUAUUCCGUCAUUCCCGGUUAUGAAGCCGCAGUUUAUAAAUUUAAACUACAGUCUAUUCGAACCAAACCUCUCUUCCUUUUUUCAUAAGGUUUCCAUGAUGGAUCUAUGCAGCACGGUAAUUAUUUCAACACGCAAAAUAUUACACGAAUGUACGUACGCUUAGUUUCGAUACUUGUGAAAUAACUAUAAAUGUCGAUCUGAAAUACAUGUACAUUCCUCGUUCUGGCAAGCCACAUAUGCUGCACUAUUAUUGCGGUAUAUAAAGUAUAUAAAUUAAAUGUUUUCGCUUAAUUUUUCGCCAAAAUGAGAGCGAUAUUUGCCUGAAAGUCAUUAUGUCACAAUUAGCUAGAUUCACUGGGCCGGCAGAACUGGUGAAAAUUUGGAAUCCAUGCUAACCUGAAAUUCAGGCCCUAAUUUUAAAUAGGGCCUGACACAAAACCUGUCUAAACAGUGGGAUUCCCGUCCAUCUGGUAGACGGGGAAUUUAAUUGGUUGAUCAGCAUCAUGAAAGAUUUUGAUUGGUUGCAAGUUCGCAUAAACAAUAGUUUUAAAAAUAGCUCGGUCAAGGCGACAAUUAAGGUCAAACGCAUGUAUCAAAUUCCAUUAUCGAAUUUCUUCGAAUUUCAUUUCUUCGAAUUCCAUUAUCGAAUUUCUUCGAAUUUCAAACAGUAUUUUGAAAAGGCUUUAUCAAAAUCUUUGAUGAAGUUUGGACAAACGACGCUGAAAAAAAACGUCAAAACUAGUCAUGUAUUCGAAAGCUUGUUGUUGACAGCCAAGAUGUCUUUGCUGUUCUGCCAACUGGCUUCGGAAAGUUAGUCUUAUUUAAUAUCAGGUCCUAUACCGCCGUUGUUUUCUGAGCUACAUCGCCUUUUUCGUGGUGGGAUUGAGAAUUUUGUUCUUGCUGUUGUAAGCCCGUUAGAGUAUAUCCGCGUGCAGCAAGUUGAGACCUUGAGAAAGCAUGGCAUUCAAGCAGUGCACUGAACUUACUAAUGGCUUUGUUUGCUGUUCGGUUAAAUAGGGAAACUAAUCUCUUAAUUAUAUAAAAGUACCUUAAAUUUUUAAGUUUAUUAAAGAGCAAAAUGCCCACUCUGCGGACAUGUUUAUGAGACGCGUUGGGGAUCUUUUGCAGUGAAAACGCUCACUCAACACUAGUUCCCAAAUUACGGAUUUGAUUGUGCGGUCAAUUAUGUUGCGCACGUUUGCCUCACUGAGCUAUACUAUAUUACUGGAAGACCUGCUCGGGGUAAAAAAGUGUCCGCAAAAACAUGGCGGAUCUUACGCCAUUUCCAUGACAACACAUACUUUAUUUUCAUGGUAAUUGCCACUGACCAUCCGCGAUCCUAAGCUUCCUAAGAUGUCCUUACCCCCCUGGUUUUUGCACAGAUAUAUUUAAUAAUAUAAAGAUAUUUCAAGUUUUCUGUUGUUUUUGAGCAAUAAUCUUAACAUUUCCCUCGCACAUUACUUGUUUUACAACGCCGGUUUGCUUCGCUCAUGUGGAUGCAGCACUUUACUACAGAGAAACUAAAAAGAAAGACUAUAAAUUCUUUCAGGUAAGAUUCACGAAACUUUUUUAUAUUAAACUUUCUAGACGACUAGCUAAUCUGAGACUCUGAGUCACUCAGUCCACUAGACCCUUUACAUUAUGUCAAAAACUCAUCAUCCUAUUAAUAUAUACAGCAAAUAUUUCAUACAUAAAAAUAUUGUUAAUGAUUAAAUAUUGUGGACUACAUGAAAUUAUGUUGUUUUCAGUGCCAGCAAUGGCCUGUCCUUUGUGGUUUUAAUAUUGCCAGACUGCCAGAUUUUAAUUACUUGUAUAUAAAUUGUGGUUGUGUACAUGUUCAUAAAGGUUUAAUAUGGUGUGAAAUUUAUAUACUUGCCCAUCAUAACGCAUAAUUAAUAUAUAUAGAUAAGCACAAGAGCAGAGAGACUUGAGUAGAGGAGGCCAUCUACAUUUGAAAAGGUGCAUGCCCUGUCCUGAUGAGCCCUAUCCUGAUGAGCCCUAUAUAAAAGACUGUCUUUAUUAUUUUACUCUGUUUGUCUAAUGCCAGAUGAUAUUAAGAGGAGAGUGCUCACUGCUGCCUCGCAGUGGGUCAAUUUAAUACACUAUCUGCCAAUGAGCAGAUCCUGAGAUAUAUAGUCAGCCCAUUAAGCUGCAAUGUACCCAAAUGAACCAGCUACUUUCUUACUGGGACUGCAGAACAGGGGGACCAUGCCCCCCCCCCCACUUUUUCAGUGGAUAAUAAAAAAAUACUGGAUAAAAUCUGGACAGCCUGCCUAUGUGAAAUAGCUCCCGAUCUAUGCUAUCCUGCCCCCCCCCCCAACACACACACACACACACUUUUAAACAGGCUCCACGGUUCGUUUUUUUUUAUUCUAUCGGUGAGACUAAAUUCAGUUGUUUUACUCAUCAAGAGAAGAGUCUUAAAAAAUAGAUAACAUUUUACGUAUAUAAUUUGUCUAUUCAGAACUAUAUAAAACUAUGUACUUUUACACAGUAUAUGAUCUCAUAGUUACAUGGCAUUCUAACAUUGGAGAUGGUGAUGUGCGAUUGCUCUGUGAGAAAUUAUGACAAAAUUUGCUAAUAAUAGUUUGACAUAUUUUAGCAGUUAGUUGGGAAUGUAAUUGCAUUACUGAAUAUGAAAACAUGACACUUAAUUUAGAAGCUCAUAUUAUAUAUGAUCUUGGUAAAAACAGAUCAUGUAAUUGCACUCUCCCCUUGACUAGUAAAAUUGUCUGACAUAAUACAGUAAGGCAAAAAUAAAACAGUAAGGCACAUCAAAACACAUUUCCACUUGAAGGGUUAACAUAUGUGUAUAUGAUAUUUUGUGGUGUAAAGAUGUAUAAUGUAUUAUGAUAAUAAUAACGUCUUUUAUUUUGUAGAAAUGAUCUGUUUAAUAUACAAAAGAGAUGGCACAGGCGUCAACAUGCAGAAGAAAAUGCAGAACAAUUACAAAAUGAAGUUAUAAUUAUAAUACCAUGCAUAACAAUUAAUUAUAAUUAAUAAAUAAUUAUAUGAUUAUCAUAACUUUAUUGAAGUGUAAAUAAGUUUUAUAGCAAUUAAAAUUAUACAUUUUUGUUUUUUAAAUUGUUUUCUGCUAACAAUUUUACAAAAAGUCAAAUACACCUUACACCCUUCCAGAAUGUAUGUCAUUUUGGCUAUGGAGCCUUUUUUUCAUGUAUGUGGCAUGAGUUUUAGUCAAAUGUCUCAAUUAUGAAAAUGACUCUAUAGUCUAUAGCCUAUAGCUUAUAGCCUAGAGCCAAGGGGACAUAAUUUCUGGAAGCAUGUAAAAUACAGUAUGUUCAGUUUCCAAAGAUGUGGCUUGGUACUGUAUUCUGCCACCCAGAAAGGAGUGUGUGCUUGUGGAAUAAAUCUGCAAUAGAAAAGAAAAAAUGAAUUAUACAGGUUGUACAAGAAUCCACCAGUAACUUAAUUAUAGCAUAUGAUCAAAGUAAACAAAAGAAUUUGACCUAACAUACUCCUCAGCUUAAACCAGGGGUAUCAGAACUAUGAGUGUACUUAAUAUAAAAGUACAUUAUUUAUUCAGGCCAUCCUGGGAAUGAGGUGUGAUCACACAUGUAUGCCUUGGCACAUACCUCAGCUAAACCUUAUUACCUCAGCUUAGGGAGAAGUGUGAUUUAUCUCAAGCCUCUAUAUUACUAUUUAUAAGAUACAAAAAUCAAGAAGUAUCCUCAACCAUGCAAGAAAGCUAAGUAGAGACUACCUUCCCAGAUCAGCUUCCAGCAGCCAGCUUAUACAUAAGUGGUGCAUAACACAAAACCUAAUUCCCUCUUUUAAAAAUAGUCUGAUAAUAGAUGCCAAAUAAGAUAUAAAAGUCUAAAUUGAAUAUGAAAAUACGUUUUUUAUCUUUGUAAAUCCGAGUGUAAAUCCAUGUAUUUCAAGAGUUUUUGAAAUUGGUUUGUCGUCUUUCACGGGCGAUAUUAAACACGUACGACUUGGAUAUCUUUCACCAAAUGGUCAAAGGCAGAAAGUUUAUCUCGAAAACAUUUUAAAAAAGGAUUCAAAACAACGAGAAGUCGAGAACUAUAUUAUCUGCAAAAAUGUUUUGCAAAAACCAGAGGUGUGUGAAAACUGCCGUGGGCUCAGAAUUGCGCCUGGUCAGUGGUAACUACUAUAAGAAUAAAGUAAGUGUUGUCAUGGAAAUGGCGUCAUUUUUCAUCAAAAUCCGCCAUGUUUUUGCGGACACUUCGUUGACUGAACGAAGUAUUUUCAAUUCAAUUCAAUUUAUUAAAAGUUAAAAACAAACAAAUUACACACUACACUAACCCGCAAGUAGUUAAAAACUAAUCUAGGCGGGUAUAGUGUUGAUUAGAAUAUAUAUAGCACAUAGUCAGUGUCGAAAAGGUACAUUAUUGUGCAAAAUAGAAAGAAAAGAAAAUAAACAACAAUUAAUUAACGGCCUAAGAAGAAAAAUAUUUUUAAUAACUUAUAUGUUUUAUCUUUGAUAUUAUCGUAGUGACAUCAACAUAAACAUCCUCGCUUUCCAAGACCUGGAAAAGUAUUGCAUUUAUUUUUCUUUUAAAAACACAUUUACGUCGGUUUCGUAAUUCAUUAGGAAUACCAUUCCAAAUUUUAGUUCCGAGUCGAGAGAAUGAGUUCUUUUUUUGAUUCUGAUUCGAUUGCUGAGUAAAAUAAUUUCCACCAAUUGCAGAUCUUGUGUUGUGACUAUGUAUCUGGUUUACAUUUGUAAACAUUUUUAAUAGGUUUUGUGGUGCUAGAGUAUUGGCUAUGUCGUGCAUCAAAAUACUCACAGUUUUAUAAUAGAGCAUUCUUAUCGGUAGCACAUUUGCAUUUACAAAUAAUGGUAUGGCAUGUUCUCUGUUUGUUGCAAAGAACAUCAGUCGUAAAGCACGUUUUUGAAGAAUCAGUAUUUUAUCCAGAUUCGUCUUAGCUGUCUGCCCCCAUAUAGAUAAACCAUAUGAAAUAUAUGGAUGAAUUUGUGAACGAUAAAUAUUUAAAAGUGUUGGAAAAGGAACAAAAUGCCUCAAUCGCAAUAUGAUACCAAUAGUUUUACUUAUUUUAAGUGUUAUAUGAUCAACAUGAAAUCUCCAUGAGAGGUUACUAUCAAUCAAAAUACCCAAAUAUUUCACAUAAUCUUUUUGCUCCAGUGAAAUUAAUGUAUUUGUUUUAUAGUCGUGAACUUUUAAGUUUGGUUUAUGGUUUAACCUUUUUUGGUAUGGAUGAAAUAUAACAAAAUUUGACUUUUUGAUGUUUAAUGUCAAUUUAUUUGCAAGUAGCCAGUCACAAAUAUAUUCUAGUUGUUUAUUAACAAUAGUUUCAAGAGACUUUAAAUUUUUGUCAGCAUAAAGUAAAUUGGUAUCAUCAGCAAAUAAGAAGAAGUCCAAUUUGUUUGAAGAAUAUUGUAUAUCAUUAACAUAUAUCAAGAAUAACAAAGGUCCGAGUACAGAUCCCUGUGGAACGCCACACUGUGUCUGUUCUUUAUCUGAUAUAUAGUUUCCUAUUUGAGUUGUUUGUGAUCUACCAAUUAAAUAUGAAGAGAACCAAUUAUUGAUAAUACCCCUUACUCCAUAGUGAUUAAGUUUAGACAAUAAUAUUUCAUGGGUAACUGUAUCAAAGGCUUUUUUAAGAUCUAUGAAAACACCACACGAAAAAAGGUUAUUGUCCAUAUUUGUUUGUAUUUUGUUCACGAUAUCAAGGAGAGCAUGAUUUGUAGAAUGACCCUCUCGAAAUCCAUAUUGCGAUGAACAUAAUAUGUUGUUUUGGUCAAUAAAUAUUUUUAGUCUAUUAUACAUAAGUUUUUCAAAUAUCCGAUUUAAAUUAGAUAGUAACGAAAUUGGUCUAUAGUUUCCUGGUUCUUCUUUGUCAUCGCUUUUAAAAAUUGGCACGAUUUGUGCAUGUUUUAGUUGAGAGGGAUACAUGCCUGUUUCAAUUGAUGCAUUCAUAAUAAUUGCUAACGGUUUAGAAAUAAUAGUUCUUGCGCCUUUAAGGAUUGGUGCUGCAAAUGAAUAUAGUCCGUGAGCCUUAUUGGCAGGUAAUAAUAGUAUUUCCAUUCUACUUCCAAAGGGGUAACAGCAUCAAAGUAAAAUGAAUUUGUAGGAGAAGGAUAUGUAGGAUAUGUAUGAAUUUGUAGGAGAAGGAGAAGGAAGGUCCUCCAGUUAUUAUACAGCUCAGUGGUUUGCCUGGUAUAUUUAACGCGACAGAUCGUUGUUUAACGUUAAAUGAUCGGAAAUGAUCGUUUGUUGUUGCCAUGGUAACUCAAGAAGAGAUCUUUGACUGUCAGUUGUCUUCCAUUUUGUUUGCAUUUCUUUGGUUUGUCAUGGCCUUUUCCCCGUUCCUGCCAAGGUAUGUUUGAGCAACAACAGCUCACCGAAAUUAUUAACUCUGCGCAAUUCAUGUUUUAAUCUGAAUUCAUAAAAUUUUGUCAAAUCUAAAACGAGAGAGUUUUAGAGCAAAACCUGAGCUUUACAACGAUAUAUAAUACACGUUGUUUCAUUGUAAUUGCAGACUUUUGAACCAGGCUGUUUUCCCGUACGUAUGCCAUAGAGACAAUUAAGUCAUGUCUAAGGCUAAACAGCACUUCGAUAUUGGUGCGUGGUCAAGAGAAAAGAAGGCCAAACGUCAGGAAAUUAUUGCAAAUAACCGUACAAUUGUGGAUUUGAAAGAGUGCAUUAAAGCAAGUGAGGCAGAAAUUAAAGUUCUCAAGAGGAAGGUAGCUCUAAUUAAAAAAUGUUUUUUCUUGUAAAAGCCUGGUUUGCAUGCAUGCUCACUUUCCAAUUCUGUUGAUGAGAUUGCAAAUUAACUAGAAGGGUUUAAAUUUGAUUUUUAAGUGGUGCUUAUAUUCAUUCUAUAUUUAUAUUAUGAUUUUAUAUGACCUUAACUUUGUGGACUGGUUGUUACUCAUGUACAUAAGCAUGCAAUUUGGCAGACCGGUAUUAGCAAUUUGCAAGAUCUACUUAGGGACCAAGUCUAUAUUCACAUAAUACCAAGCAUAACUUUGAACAAAGUUAUAAAUUCUACCAACUCACCCGUCUCAGAUAAUGUCGCUUAUGGCAGUUCUUUCUAGACUGAUAAAUGGUCAAAUUGGCAUGUGCAUAUCUGUAGGCAUAAUGAACACCCUAGUGAAUUGCUAGUUAUAAAAGAAAUACCUAAAAUACCAUGUGUAAACCUAAAAUAAAAUGAGAAACAGACAUUCUGUUUAUUUUUCAGAGAGGAUUUUUGGCAAAUGAAAAAGUCAAGCUCCCUCGUAAUUCCCAUCCAAAGUCUUCGUCAGUUAUUAACCAAUCCUGUAGCGAAAAGCUUGAUAUUCCUGAGAGUACUGCACGGAAAAGAAGAACGUUGAUGUUUGAUCAUGCAGAAAGAAUUAACGCUAGGUCUUUUGACAACGAGAGCUUGAAACUGAAGUCUGCUCUGGAUGGCAUUUGGAGUACUUUAAUUAAUUCUGCUAGUGCACACGAGAUGAAAUCGUACAUGGAGAAGUCUCCAUUGGGUCUCACUAAUGUUAUUCCUUCCAUUGUUAACGACGCAGUGCAGGUUAAAUAUGAACAUAGCCAAAAGAACCUGGUGCGGUCACUAGGAGUCCUUUAUGAAGGUGGCAUCUCCAGCAGAAAACAAUAUAACAGGAAGCGAAGUCGGGAAACAUUUGAAACUGGUCAACAUGGUAAAAAGCACCAAAUAACGUACAUGAAAGGAUGCAAAGUCCCCAAGCUGAUGGAAUACAAAAAAGUGAGGCAGUUUGUAAAUUCAAUGGAUAUUGGUGAACUCAAACAGAUUCCAGAAGCGAAAAAAUAUAUCGGUUCUUGACAAACAGUUGGACCAACAAUCAGACGAUGAACUGAACAGUGGUGAGCAUGCUGUGCUAGGUUGUUAUAGAGACUUAGAGAUUCUCUUAAGCUUGCAAAUUUGGACUUAGUUAUAGAUAAUGCACGACCUGGGUUUCUUAACUGGUUCAGUUCCCUAAAGGCAUGUUUCAGGUAUCCAUAGGAGCAGACGGGGCCCAAUUUGGUAAAUAUAACCAGGCAACAGCUGGUCUUAUUUCUUUUUUAAAUGUUGCCGAUAGAGUUGGAAGUUGUGAUGAAAACACGCUGGGGAUUUUUCCCAAUUUCCGGCCAUUUCUUUACCACGAUCUGCUUGUGCAGCGGCCUCAUUAGUAGGCUUUUAAUGCGGGCCGGAAAAGCCUGUUCGCAGGCUAAGUGGGAAGUGUUUUGAAAAUGGCUGAGCUUGUGCGACAAGACAUGUUCGAAGCUGUACUUCUGAGAGGUUUAGAUUCGUCAAAAAACGAUCUAAUAAAAUCUGGUUUAGACUUUUGGUCGACAAAGGAUGCCAUAGACGAGUUAAAGAGACUUAUUCCUUUGGUAGCUAAGAAAUAUUUGGGAAAAUACGGCGAAGGACAGAAAUUCACAGUUGUGAAAGCAUUUCCCAUGCUUUCCCGCAUUGCACAACGUUGGUAUAAAACAUUUAUGAGAAGAACGAUUGCUAAAUGUGGAGUACGAAAUCCUUGGAGAGUUACAUUUUCCGAGUACCUCAGUAUAGAUCUAUUCAAUAUCAUGCAACAAAUCAUUGUACGAAGCUCGUAUGGAGUUAUCUGUAUGUCAACAAAGAAACGCAUUACGAUUGUUUUCUUCAACGAUGCCAGGGUUAGGAAUGUUUUUUGCGAGUUAAUGGACUGCAAAAUCCUAAAAAAAGAUUUUCUCAAAAGGUUGGCAAAAGGGAAGGGGAAAGUAGAAGCUGUUAUAAACACAGAGAAACAAUUUGGUAUAACUUAUUUCUUGGAGAAAGAAGAAAUAACAUUUGAUUUCUAUUAUGGAAUGUGGAAUCAAUAUGACUGGCCACAACAUGUGUAAGACUAUAAGUGGACCGGUUUCGUUUAAAUGUAUGGUUGAAUUUAACGUUUCUAGCAGACUAAUAAUGGUUUGAUGCUCGAUAAAUACCUGUCUGUUUAUGCGGGGUUGUCGACAGGAUUUAUCUUAGCCAAUGAGCUGCAAUGCAAGUUUCACAGUCUCAAAACAAGAUUUGGAUUUUCUCGGCUAACUAAUUAUGCACCAGUCAUUUGAAACCUUGCGAACCUCCACCUCACACAUAAACCGGGAGAAAAUGGUAUACUAUCAUUGAAUUUUACAUACUACAAAUUGAAUUCCCCCGGUAUUCACUGAGGUGUGGGGUCGGGAGUAUGAAAUUGACUGAUGCAGUAGGGGCUGUUCAUAUAAUCCCACUUACCGAGACGUCUUGCCUAGAGAGACGAAUAUUUCUGUGAGUUCAUAUGGAGUAUUUCGUCUCGCUUGCCGAGAUGAAAAUACAAUGUAGUUCUAUAAUUAGCGUAUGCAAAACUUCUACAUUUCAGUCAAGCAACACAAAUAUUUAGCGAUUUUAGUGUUUUUCUUUGUUUAUUUACGAGAAAAAGGAAUUGCUUUAGGUGCAUAUUUAAUACUUGUUUACAAAACAAACAUAAAACAAAGUAGAAAGUGUUAAAUUAAAUGGUAAGACUUGUUUGACUUCAUCCCGGUAAGCGGGCUGGCGUGUUCAUGUGGAAAAUAUUUCAUCCCGCCUAUCUAUGAUCUCGGCAAAUUCAAGCGAGAUCUCGGAAAGCGGGCCAGUUCGCUUUCUCAUAUGAACACAAUGCAAAAUUUUGUCGGAAAAUAACUAAACGGCAAGAUUAUCGGUAAGCGAGACGUCCGGGUGAGCAGGAUCAUAUGAACAAGCCCUUAGAGCUCUACUUAGAAUUAUACAAUUCAGCUGAUUGAACAUAUUACAUUGGUGUUAAUAUGCUGAUUUACAUCACGCUUUCGAAUCAAAACAUUGCCAACCCCUCGUUCAACUUUUGUUGCUAAAUCCUAUAAUAAACCCCAAAAUGUAUAGGCAAAAUGUGUGGUAUCGUACGUGGUACCCUAUUGAGUUAAGAAUGCUGGUAUUGCCCAUCCCUACUAUUCAGACUAUCGUGAUUUUAACCAUCUAAAUCUGUGCAUGCAGGCUGUCAAAGGCACAACCAUAUAUUGAUGACAUCAAAUAUUGAAACUGUUAACAUCAGUUUGUAAAAUAUUUAAUAGCAUAAAAUACAAGUGGAUGUAUUAUAACAUACAUUACAUAUUUUUGUUCUAGUUUUUAACAUUUUUGUUAAAAAUACAAAAGCUGCAUUUCAAUAAAUAGUUAAAAACAGCUAAAUUUUGCACAAUAUUACAAAUAUAUAAAAUUAUAUUAACAAAUGAUCUUUUAAAUAGGUAUAACUAGCUUGAAAAAAGCUUUUAUUGAUAAAAUUAGCUAUAUAGGUUUAUAAUGCGCAAUAACCCAAUUUCCUAGCCUCAGCUGUAAACUUACCUUGAUCGAUGGAAUCAUAAAUAAUUUGAUGAACUGAAUGACUGCAAAAGUCACAUUUUGGCUGUUCACUUACCUUCGGUGGGUCUAGCUAUUUUGCGAGCCGCGGGCUGCGGGUAAGUUUUUGCGGGCUGCAGGUCAGUUUUUGCGGGCUGCGGGUUAAAACAAUUGCGGGCCGCGGGCCAAAUUGCUGGCCUAACUAAUUUUUUGUUGCAUGCCAUAUAUGGCAUGCAACUUUCAUUGGUGAGCGUACCAGUCACGUGGCAAAUUCGUAAAAUACGACAAAUACCGAGUUUUUCCGACGAGCAUUUCAUCACUCAUGCUCGAUGAAAGGCAAAGAAAAAUGUUUGAGUGUUCGCGGGAAAUUUACAUAAUUGAACGCCUUUAAAAAUAGAUCAAGGUAGAUAAAGCUUUGCAGGUUUUAAUUUUCCUUAUAUUCUGUUAUUUGUUGUGAUUCUGGAGCAGUUGUGGUCGCAAUAAAAUAUUAAUCAUAAAAUGAAUGAUUAUUUAUCAUGCAGUCGUUUUUAAUAUUUAUAUCGUGAAGCCUGGCUACGCUAUCAAUAUAUACUAUAUUGUAUGCAAAACUUCAAAACUACAGUACAUUUUGUAAAUAACAUGAAAUAUAUUAAAAUAUCAAACAAAAUUCUCAUUAUACUAUUGAAAUUUAAUACAACGAAAUAGAAUUCUACGUCGAUAAUUUCAAUCAUAGUUUAAUAAUUAUUUUCAAUCUAUAGUAAUUCGCCGUUUCCAUGUUUUUUUUUUAUACUUUCGAUAAAGCUACAAUAAAGAUAAAUUUGUAGGAAAUAAUAUUAUUUAGUUAUAAAAUAGUAUAAAAGGAAAUCUAACAGUCAAUCGCUUUCGACAAAACCUUGACCUUGUUUAUAUUACCGUCGUUUGCAACUAACGAUGAACAGUCGCUCAUAAAAACAUUGCCUAUUCGCGUGAGAAUCUUAAGUUUUCUUAUUUUGACAUAAUAGCUAUUUUUCAAUAAAUAUAUUGAUAUUAAACUUAUUGAAUCAAUAUUUUAAGUUUCAGGCCAGUUGUACCAAAAGUUAUAAGCGGUAGCGCAUUAUAACCAGGGCACAGAAAGGGUCAUACAGAAGCCCAAUUUCUUGGUUUUUCCUAUGAUUUUCCAAUGAUUUUGGCGGUUAGCACUUUUUUCCAUCCAGCAAACCGCCCUAUCGAUUUUCUAAAGUCGCUUUUUUGCAUUUUUUUAUUAAUUCGAUUAGGGUUAGAGUUAGGGUUGGGGUUAGGGGUUAGAGUAGGGACUAGGUGUAGGGUUUGUGUUAGUUACAUAGCCAUUUAAAGGCCGCUUUCCACUUCAACCGUAUCGUACACGCGUAAAAACGCUCAGGUUGAUGCAAUACUGAUGAAAACAGGAUUGAACAAUGUUUUGCUGCCCACAUUGUUCAUAGCUGUCAACAAUAUUGAACAAUAUUCAGGCUCAACAAUAGUGUUCAAUAUUGUUGACAAGUGUGAACAAUGUGGGCAGCAAAACAUUGUUCAAUCCUGUUGAGCAGCGGGCUCGGCGUUUUUUGCCGUGUACCGAAACGUAGCGUAUUUCUUUGUUUCCUGAGCGCUAGAGUGGAACUAAUGAUUUCAACACAAAAGAAAAUGCUACGAUACGGUCGAAGUGGAAAACAGGUUUAACACCUCUUCUCUCUUCCGAAAAUGACGUCAGGUCAGUUUGCUGGAUGGAAAAUAGUGCUACUAUUAGGAUUGGUGUACAGUUAUCCCGGUCGAAACAGGUUUUAAUGUCUGGUACGACUCAUAAACUGAGAUUCCAUGAUAUUACAAAAAGAAUGCAUUUAAGGAAAAAUUCGUAUGCAUAUGAUUACGAAUAACAUUAGACAUAGAAUAUACUUCAAAGACAGAAAAUUUUGAAUAAUAUUGUUAUUUUCUUUACAUUUUGACAAUUUUUUUUUUAAAAUUCGUCAGGCCCGCAACUAGACCCGAGGCCUGCAAUCGUGUUAGCAUUUUUCUGCGCGCAGCCCGCAUUUUUCUGCCCGCAGCCCGCAAUUUUUGGCCAGCAGCCCGCAUUUUUCGGCCCGCAGCCCGCAAUUUUUGGCCCGCAGCCCGCAUUUUUCG